AUGGAUUUAGAGGCGCUAUACACUUCAUUAGAUUUAUUAAGUAGGUUUGGAGUGACGCUAAAUGCUGAGCACAGAGCGGCCCUGCAGACCUCUUUCAUCAUUCUAAAGACACACAUGAAAUUCAGCCGAGUUCUGUUCUGGGGGAAGAUCUUCGGGCUCGAAAGAGAUUAUUACAUAGCACAGGGGCUUGGGGAGGAUGAAAUCAAAGACAGAAAGUAUUUUUACAGUCAAGACUGCAUAGACUGGUACCUGCUCCCUCCUGCCACUGAGACCCUGAUUGAUGAGGUGGCAGUGGCCGCAAAAGGGCGUUUUAUGGGAGACCCGUCACACAAGUAUGAGCAGGGGACAAUGGAAAAAGAAGAAGGAGGUGGGUUUAAGGUGGUAAAAGUGAGCGAAGAGCAGCGAUUAGCUGUGACUGUGUUCACUAUUGAUCAGGAGGCUGUUGUACCAAAAGGUGCAUACAUUAAGAAAACGUUUAGCGACUGUGUGUGCACAAUGCAGAGCCUGCUGUGGCAGGGCCUUACUACCUUCUUUGAGUUACCAAUUACUAAAUUACAAGGUUACAUCUAUAUGGGAGACGGGCUUCCAACAUUUGACCUUUCAUUUAUGUGAUUUUACUUAACCUAACUUGAUAAAGAUAUAAAAAAAAUCCCCAAAAACCCAAAAAUAGUACAAAAAAUACCCCCCAAAAACAUGUGAGGACAAAACUCAAAAAAGUCUGUCUGUCUAAUCAAACCAAUCAAAUAAAUCAACCAGAGCUCUGACAACAACAUAGAGAAUAUAGAGAGAGCUGGGA